AUGCUUCCUCGCUCCGUUUUCAACAUCGUCUCCCUCGCAGCGGCUGCAGCCGCGAGCGCUAUUCCCCGUGCCGAUGGCGCCUGCGCAAACCCGGCCAUUCGCAAGGAGUGGCGCGAGCUCACCGACGCCGAAAAGGCCGAGUACAUCCGUGCCGCAGUAUGUCUGCGCGGGCUCCCCAAGGCCAAGUAUGCCGACAUCGACGCCGUCACCACGCGCAUGGACGACCUGGUCUACACUCACUUCUCCCUGAACACGGAAAUUCACUUUGUGGCCAACUUCCUCCCGUGGCACCGCUGGUAUGUGAAGCUGCACGAGGAUCUUCUGCGCGAUGAGUGCGGCUUCACCGGGACCCAGCCGUACUGGGACUGGAGCAUCGACGCCGACGCCCUGAACACGCCCAACUCGCCCGUCUUCGACCCGGCCACCGGCUUCGGCGGCGACGGCAAGCGCACCGGCAGUGACGUGCCGGGCUUCCAGCGCUGCGUGGUCGACGGACCCUUUGCCAACACGAACCUGACCCUGGCUAUGGGCUGGCCCGACAUGAACGAGCCCGGAAAUCGCCUCCAUUGCUUCACCCGCGAGUUCAACGGUGGUAUGGGCAACGACGCAAACGGCGAGCCAAUCAUUGGCGAUAUGCAGGCGGGGGCGUACAACUCCAAAACCAUGAACACCAUCUACGCCUUCGACAGGUUUGCCGACAUGGUUGAAAUGCUCGAGGGCUUGCCGCACGCACAGAUCCACAGCAUCAUCUUUGGCGACAUGGGUCCCGCCACCUCGCCCAAUGAGCCUCUAUUUUUCCUGCACCACGCCAACGUUGACCGUGCUUGGGCCAAGUGGCAGGGCCGCAACGACACCCGACUGGCUGACUACAAUGGCUUUCAAGACUCCGACAAGACCAUUCCGGCCUCGAUCAACGACGCCAUGCCCAUUAUGGACCUUGCUGACACUCAACCUAUUGUUAAGGACUACAUGGACAUCCAGGCUGGCCCCUUGUGUUAUACUUACUCAUCUAUGUAA